AUGAAGUUGGUUUGUGAAGCGACGGGGGAGUGGAGCUGGCCCACCCCUCGAUGUGUGAGCGUCCUGUGCAGCAAGCCUCCAGCGCUAGCAGAUGCUGAAAUCGUCGUAGAGAACUAUGAAGUAGGAAGCAAGGUGCACUAUGUCUGCAAAGAAGGCUACACCCUAAUUGGCCCUGAGACCAGAGAAUGUCUACCAAGUGGUCAAUGGAGUGAAGACUUUCUCCAGUGUGUGCCUCGCUCCUGUGGACCGCCACCCACUAUCGACCACGCUGUGCCCCAUGAGACCCACAAGUUGUUUGGAGACACUGCCAGCUACUACUGCACAGAUGGAUACACAGCCAGCAACAACUCUAAGCUAAUGUGUAAUGCUCAGGGUAUGUGGGUCCCCCCUGAUGGCAUGGAGACCCCUCUAUGCAUUGCCAACUUCUGCUUACGUCCACCUAACCCACCGCAUGCCAUUUUAGAUUCAUUCAACAAACCCAAAUAUGCUAGCAACACAGAAGUGAGCUAUAAGUGUGAAGAGGGCUUCAUGUUGAACACUACAGCCACACUCAGAUGCUUAAUGGGAGGGGCAUGGGAGCCUUCACCGUUUGAAAUAGGCUGUGUGCCGGUGAGGUGUUCCAAACCAGACAGUAUUGAUCGAGGCUAUGUGAGAGGAACAAAUUACAGCUUUGGAGCUGUGGUUGCAUACAGCUGUGAGACGGGCUACCUGAUUCGAGGAGAGAAAAGGAGGACCUGCAAGGCUAGUGGAGAAUGGGGAGGAGUUCUGCCUACCUGUGUACCUGUGUCCUGCUCGGCUCCUCCUAUACUCAUAAAUGGUUACAUCCAGGUCAGAGGCCGAUACACUUUUAAUAACAAGGUGACAUAUGCCUGUAAUGCAGGCUACAGACUAGUUGGUCGACAGGAGCGAGUUUGUCAAGCCAACCGACAAUGGUCCAGCAACGACCCUCCCACCUGUGUCCUUUUGACCUGUGACCCUCCUCCAGACGUCCUCCAUGGACACUACAGAGGUUCUGACUUCCAUGUGGGCCACAAAGUGAAAUAUCUCUGCGACGAGGGUUAUGAGUUGGCUGGGGAUGCUGUCUGGACCUGUCUCAAGUAUGGAACGUGGGAUAAGACAAAGCCUCCACGUUGCUCUCCAGUCAAAUGUCCAGAGCCUCCACUAGAGGAGAACCACCUAGUCCUAAAAAGUUUAGACUCUGAAUCUGGAACAGUGGAGUUAUCCUGUGAGGAUGGUUAUAUCCUGGAGGGGGCUCAUAUCCUCCGCUGCACCCCUUCUCAGGAGUGGAACAACACUUUUCCAGUCUGUACACAAGUAUUCUGUGACCCACCACCUGAAGUUACAUUUGGCAGUCUGUCCACAGCCUCUUCUCCAUUCUCGUUUAGCUCCAUGGUUACCUACACAUGCAUAGGUGGUUUUACGUUAAGAAAAGAAGCCUCUGUUUCCUGUUUAGCCAGUGGGCAAUGGAGUACUCCUUACCCAGAAUGUAUCCCAGUUGAAUGUCCUCAGCCUGUGGAGGUUUCAAAUGGUAUUGUUGAUGUCCAGGGUUUGAUGUACCUCAGCAAAGCUCUGUACACUUGCAAGGCUGGAUAUAAUCUAAUAGGCAACUCCACUGUCCUCUGUGGAGAGAAGGGAAUCUGGAUUGGUGGCGUGCCUUCUUGCCGUCCAGUUGAAUGCCCCGUCCCUAAACAGAUACCCAACGGGAAAGUGGUUUAUAGAAAACUCCAGUUUGGUCAUAGUGCCACCUACUCCUGUCGUCGUGGUUUCCGCCUACAAGGCCCAGAGAGUAUCAGGUGCCUGGCUAACGGAGAAUGGGACUCAGAGCCGCCUGCUUGCGUGCAGAUUUCCUGCACUCCACCCCAACCAAUUGAAAACGGUUUUGUAGAAGGUCAGGAUCACAGUUUUGGCAUCACUAUUUUCUACAGCUGUUUUCCAGGUUUUCAGCUUUUAGGCCAUGAUCAUCUUACUUGCGAGGAGUUUGGCUGGUCCAGUUCUGUUCCUGUGUGUGUGCCAUCAGACUGUGGUCUGCCUCCUCAUAUUGACUUUGGGGAUUAUGUCAGAGUGCCCAAAUCUGAUUCCAGAGACUCCAUAACAUCUUCACCCAUAGAUUUGAACUUCCUCCAUGGGACAGUGAUUGAGUACCGUUGUCACCCAGGUCACAACAUCAGCAGCCAGACCAGGUUGAUGUGUCAGGAGGACGGGGGGUGGAAUGGGACAGCCCCAUCAUGUGUUCCAGCAGAAUGUGAGACCCCACCCAUUCCAGAGCAUGGCUGGGUGAAUGUAACUGAUACUUCGCUUGGCAGCUCAGUCAGAUAUUCGUGUGAGGAGGGUUAUAAGCUGGUGGGGGAGCCUGUGAGGCAGUGUGUAUCAGGUCGACUGUGGACUAGUGAUGCCCCAGUUUGUCAACCCAUAUUCUGUGGCGAUCCAGGAACUAUCACUAAUGGCACAGCUCACAGUGGGGAAUUUGUUUACCCUGAAGUUUUGCACUUUGAGUGUAAUCCUGGAUUUGUUCUGAGGGGUAGUGACACCAUCGCCUGCCAGGCAGAUGGAAAAUGGAAUGGUCCAAAGCCACUCUGUGAGCUAGUGUCUUGUGGCCCUCCAGAGGUGCCUAGUGAUAUAACAAUUUUAGGUAGAGAUUACAGCUAUAAUAGUGAAAUAGAACUGAGCUGUCAGCCUGGUUUUCAUUUAAAAGGGAAGUCUAGAAGUGUUUGUCAGGCUGAUGGUACCUGGAGCCAAAAAUCCCCUACUUGUGUACCAGUCCUUUGUGGUAAACCUUCCCCCAUACCCAAUGGCCACAUGUUAGGGUUGCAGUUUGGCUAUAACAACAAGGUUAAGUAUGAAUGUGAUGAAGGAUACAAGCUAAAUGGAGAUGCCACACUUGCUUGUCAGUCAAAUGGACUUUGGGACAAACCCCUACCUCAUUGUGACAUCAUUAGCUGUGACCCACCUGAGGACAUCAGUCACGGCUUUGUAAAUGGCUCCAGCUUCAACUACAAUGAUGUAGUAGAGUACGUGUGUUUUGAAGGUUACGAGGUUGUUGGGGAUCCCAUGCUGCAGUGCUCCUCUCAAGGCUUCUGGGUAGGCUCUGUGCCUCAGUGUCAGCCCUGUGCAUGCCCCCCACCUGAAGUUCAGUUUGGUAGGGUUUUGGGGAAUGGCCGGGCCUGUGGAAAUCAAGUUCAGUUCCAGUGUAACGAAGGCCACAAACUGCUGGGUCCUUCUCAGGCAGUGUGUGAGAAAGGAGGAAUGUGGAGCCCAGGGGUGCCUGUGUGUGGCAAAGGGAGGUGCAGUGUUGCCCCACCUGUGAUUCUGAACGCCAUCUUACAGGGUGGGGUUGCCAAAUUUCCAGACACAGUGACAUACAGGUGUCAACUCGGCUACCUACUCAAAGGGUCUCCCCACCUCUCUUGUGGACGAGAUGGCAGCUGGGGAGGACCCAGAUUUCUCUGUGAGCCAGUAAGCUGUGGGAAACCACCUAUGGUAGCUCACGCUCAAAUGGAUGGAGAUAUUUUCACCUUCCCAAACAAGAUCACCUACAGAUGUGAGGAUGGAUUCGAACCAGCUACAAAGACACAUUCUCUGUCCUGCCAGAGUGACGGCAACUGGUCCAAACCCAGCAUCCAGUGCCGCCCCAUCUCCUGUCGAUUACCCAGUAACGUCUCCACCCCACAUUUGGUGAUCAGCGGGAAGGAGCUCACUCCUGUUGGGGGCACCAUCAACCUCUCAUGCCUUCCUGGCUUCUACAUGCAGGGUUCAGCUCUAGCCGAGUGCCAGAUGGGUGGAAGCUGGGCUCCGGACAUUUUGUCAGUUUCCUGCGAGGUGGUGGUGUGUGAGAAACCUGCUCCUCUUCUUCACGGCAUCAUGGAGGGCGACAGCUACAACUAUGGAGACUUUGUCCUGUACUCCUGCCUGCCUGGAUUUGAGAGGAAGGGAGACUCUGUUCAGACCUGCCAGGGCGACAGAACAUGGAGUGGCACACAGCCAGCAUGUGUUGCAGCCUCUGCAGGGCUCUCCUGCGGGCCUCCACCCACAGUAAAAAAUGCACAGCUCCAGGCGACAGGAAAAACUUACCUGCACAACGUCAGUUAUACAUGCAACGCUGGGCUGCAGCUCGUCGGCUCAAAGACUCUCACUUGUCUGUCCAACGGCUCGUGGAGCCUGCCGGCGCCUACAUGUGAAGUGGUCAGAGGCUGUGAGGGUCCCAAACAGCUGCUGCACGGUAAAGUUCUGGAGCACGACCUGAACUCGGGGCGUGCUCUGGAGUUUCAGUGUGAUGAAGGCUACAACCUUGUGGGAGAUCAUCUGCUGGUGUGCAUAGGGAGAAACACCUGGAGCUCCACUUUCCCCACCUGUCAAGCGAAGCCUUGCACCCCUCCUCCGAGCUGGAAGGAGGACAUCAGCAGUAACAGGUCCCAGCAGGCGUUUCAUGUCGGACAGUCGGUCCGUGUUACCUGUCCCAAGGGACAGCAGGUAAAAGGCAGUGGCACCAUCACCUGCAGGCCAGACCAGACCUGGAGCUCCCUCAGUUCAGUGUGUGAACGGGUGUCCUGCGGCCCGCCCCUCCACGUGGCCAACGGGGUGGUGCGGGGGGCGGUGUUCCAGUUCGGGGACGUGGCAGCAUACUCGUGUUUCGUCGGCUACACCAUGGAGGGCGUCGGAAAGAGCAGGUGUCAGGAGAACGGCACCUGGACGCCGACGCCGACGUGCAGAGCGGUGUGUUGGCUGCAGUGUCAGAACGGAGGUGUGUGUCAGCGGCCCAACAUUUGUGCCUGUCCUGAAGGCUGGAUGGGUCGACUCUGUGAGGAGCCUAUCUGCAUCCUGCCGUGCCUGAACGGAGGGCGCUGCGUGGCCCCCUACCAGUGUGAGUGUCCCGCCGGGUGGACGGGCACCCGCUGUCAAGCAGCUGUGUGUUCGUCACCGUGUUUGAACGGAGGAAGAUGCAUCAGGCCGAACAGAUGUAGCUGCACUCCAGGCUGGAGUGGACACAACUGCUCCAGGAAGAGAAAAUCUGUGUACUACCACUUCUGAUAAAGGUGCCACUGGCCUCCAGGUGAAUCAUCCU